GAACCAAUGGAAAGGGGCGUGGUUAUCUAGGCGUUUCAGCCAAUCACAGCGCCCCACGACCGGUUGGCUUCCUCCACCAGAGACGCUCCACCAGGGAGAUCCGAGCCAGUACUGCUGUUAGCUGUCAACACACGGGACAUUUGGAGAAAUUUAAUGACAGGCGAAACAUUAGACAAAAUCUCCAUAGUUGUACUUUGUAUUACGUAGCGAUAGCCGUGCCUCUGCGUGUUUAAGUAUGGUUUCCAUCGGCCAUGUCGCGCACAAGAUAAUCAACUAUAUCCCGUAUCUCCUUGUUUUAAUUGACAUGAGGUAUCAAGGAGUAAAAUCUGGCAGUGUAGACAAUCACAUGGAGAUGGGAAAGAAGCUGCUUGCUGCUGGACAACUCGCCGACGCCCUGUCUCAUUUUCAUGCAGCUGUAGAUGGCGACCCAAAGAAUUAUUUGGCUUACUACAGAAGAGCGACUGUCUAUUUAGCUAUGGGCAAAUCAAAGUCAGCUUUACCUGAUCUGGCCAAAGUUAUUGAGCUCAAACCAGACUUCACUUCUGCACGGCUACAGAGAGGAAACCUGCUUCUGAAACAUGGAAAACUAGAUGAAGCAGAGAGCGACUUUAAGAAAGUGUUGAAGUCCAACCCCAGUGAGAAAGAAGAGACUGAAGCACAAAGUCUGCUGCAAAAAUUUGAUGAAAUUCAGAGGCUCACAGCAGAGGCACACAGGAACUACAAGAACAAGGACUAUGUGACUGCCGCAUCCCAGCUUGACACCAUCAUUGAAACCUGUGUUUGGGACGCCAACUCUCGUGAGAUGCGAGCGGAGUGCUUUAUUCAAAUGGGAGAGAUGUGGAAAGCCGCCACUGACUUAAAAGCUGCAUCUAAAUUAAAGAGUGACAAUACGCAGGCCUUCUACAAACUCAGCACCAUCUACUAUAACCUUGGAGACCAUGAGCUGUCCCUCAAUGAGGUCCGUGAGUGUCUGAAGUUGGAUCCUGAUCACAAACAGUGUUACAGCCAUUACAAACAGGUCAAGAAGCUCAACAAACAAAUCCAAUCUGCAGAGGAACUCCUCAAAGAACAGAGAUAUGAAGAAGCUGUUGACAAAUAUGAGGCUGUGAUGAAGACUGAGCCCAAUGUGCAUCACUUCACUCUCCUUGCUGAGCAGCGCAUCUGUCACGCUCUGGUGCAGCAGGGCCAGCAGUCCAACAGAGCUGUGACAGUGUGCAGUAAAGCCCUGCAGUCAGAACCAGACAAUGUGUACACACUCAAGGACAGGGCAGAAGCUUACAUACAGGAGGAGCAGUAUGAAGAAGCCAUUAAGGACUACGAGAGUGCUGCAAAGCUGAAUGAAAAUGACAGAGAAAUCAAAGAAGGCCUGGAAAAAGCUCGGAGGUUGUUGAAACAGUCCCAGAAAAAAGAUUACUAUAAAAUAUUGGGAGUAAAAAGGACUGCUCAGAAAAAGGAGAUUAUCAAAGCCUACAGGAAACUAGCUCAACAGUGGCACCCGGACAACUUCCAGGAUCCAGAGGAGAAGAAGGCGGCAGAGAAGAAGUUCAUAGACAUCGCUCAGGCAAAAGAGGUCCUCACUAAUCCAGAGAUGAGAGAGAAGUUUGACCAUGGAGAGGACCCCAUGGACCCGGAGAGCCAGCAGGGACAAAACUUCCAUCAGCACUUCUACGGCGGCUUCCCCGGAUCUCAGGGAUUUAACCCAUUUGGAUCAGGAAAUUUUCACUUCAAGUUCAACUUUAACUGAUGAGCUGAACUUGGUGGAUGUUUAUAAUUUUGUCCUUGUUGGAAAGGGACAAUAUUGGACUGCUGUGCCAUAGCAUAUAAAGUGUUAAGAAAUUGUG